AUGAGCCCUACACAUUUGCUUUAUUCGAUACAGCAGGUUUACUCGUCAUUAUCCAACUUAUCAAUAGGCCAGGAAGAUUACGACAGGCUACGCCCCCUGUCUUAUCCAAACACGGACGUAUUUAUUGUGUGUUUCUCUGUCGUUUCACCCACAUCAUUUGACAAUAUACAGGAAAAGUGGAUUUCUGAAAUAAGAUCCCAUUGCCCAGAUACGCCAGCAAUUCUUGUUGGAACGCAAUCAGAUUUGAGGAAUGAUCGCGACACUCUCGACCAGCUUGCAAAAUUUAGACUGUCACCAGUCAAGACUGAAGCCGGUGUUAGGCUAGCUAAGACAGUAGGUGCCGUCAAAUACAUGGAAUGCUCUGCUUUGACGCAGGAUGGAUUGAAAGAUGUUUUUGAUGAAGCCAUCAUGGUCGCAAUACAGCCCCCCAAAAUGCAGUCCUCUUACAGCAGAAGAUCUGCAUACAAGAGAAAGAAAAGGCUAUGUUCACUCAUGUAA